AUGAAAUUAACUCAACUAAAUAGUCGUAAUCAUUAUGCAUUUGAAAUAAAAAAUAAACAUUAUAUCAUUGAAUUACCUGAUCCAACUUCAGACUCAAAUAUACAAGAAAAAGAAAUAAAAAAAAUUAAUAAAAUACGUCAAACAAUUAAUACAAUUGAACAGCGUAAAAUUGAAUUAGAAGCUGAACAAAAAAUUCUGUUUGAUAAAAAAAAUGCCUAUAUUGAGGAAAAAAAUCGAUCAUCUCUUUAUGAUAUUAAUGGUGUGAAUCAAAUUGAUAGUUUAGUUGAAAAGGGAUUAAAACAAUUAUGUAAAAAUAUAAAUAAUGAAACAAGUAGAAAUGAAAUUAUAUCAAUGAUAAAUUCAGGAUAUUCAAAUGAAGGAUGUUUAUUGGUCGUUUCUAUUAUUGAAAAUGCAAAUUUUAGCAAAUCGAAAAAUACAAAUGAUAAAAAAUUUCAGUGUCAAUUAGUUGAAAUGUUUUUACAUAAAUAUGAUCAAAUUUUAUUCGGUUUAAAUAAAGAUUAUUGUUAUGAUAAACGUUUGUUCGCUUUUGAAUCACUGAUAAAUGAUAUUGAAGAUGACAAAGCUAAACAUACGGAUAUUGAAAACAUUCUAGCUCAACAUGUGAAUAGACAAACAUUUUUAAAUCUAACUCAAAAUGAUGAUGAUGAUGGAUAUUUUAAUUUAAAUAUUUUAAACUGUUUUCAAUUAAUUGAUAAAAAUAAAUUACAAUUAAAAAUGAAUAAAAAGUUUUUUACAUUUAAAUUCAUUGAUGAAUUAUUUAAUCAUCUAGAUGAUCAAUUUAACAAUAAUGAUGAAAAUACAUUAAAUGAAUUUUCAAUAAAAGUUUCCCAUAUGGACAAAAAUAUAGAAGAAGAAAAUUAUGAUUUUUCAUGGGCAACACGUAAAGAACUUGAUAAUAAAAAACAAAAUUUACAACAACUCUAUAUUUUCUAUCGUUUUAAAAAGUUUACAUAUAUACUUAAACAGUUUAAUAAUAAUUUAAUAAUGAAACAUAUUGAAAAUAUCGAAUCAAAUUUACUUAAUCUAAUAACCGAAUUUACAUUUUUAAUCAAAAUUGACAUGUAUAGAGGACACUUCGAAGUAUAUGUCCUGAAGUUUUUUCGGCUUACUGACGUUAUUUGGCUGAGAAAAAAAUUAAUUACUUAAAAAAGUGUUGUUAAAUUUUUGAGCACGGGGUUAUUAUUAAAAAAAUUCCUGUACAUCCUAUAUUCAUCACAAAAGCUUCGUUCUUGUCUAGAUCGAUAGAGAAAUGUGUGGAGAAUAUUUACGACGAGAAAAUUGGUAAAAAGUUUUGUUCUUUUCUUCCGGUUAUUGACUAAUUAGUACUAAUUAACGUUAAUUUAGCCUACUCUACUAGCUUACAGUCCCAUUUGCAAAAUAAGGACUCAAC